UUUAAAUAUGCACAUGCAGAUAGUGUGCGCAGCACACUGUUUUGUAAGUCUUUUUCGCUACAAGUAAAAUUUUCACUUUUCAAUUCGGUUUUAAAAAUCUGGUCAUUCCAAUAUUUUUAUUUGCGAGAGAUCAAUCAAAAUGGAAACAACACGGUUCAGUGAAAAGAACUCGUUUCCGCAGUCAGGAGCUUUCUAUGCUGAAGACAAAGAUAUUUUCGGGGUUUUAAUGAAAGCUUUGCAGGAGCUUGUAAUUACUCGACCGGAAAAUCCAGUGCAGGGAUUGAUAAGAUACUUUAUGCGAAAUAUUCGACAAGUGAUAAAAAUCGCCAUCAUCGGCCCACCGUUGAGUGGUCGACGUACGCUGGCUACGCAAUUAGCCGAAGUGUUCGACGUUCCGUUGUUGGACUACGAUCGCCUCUACGAAACAGUGGAUCCACAACUGCAGAUGGCUGUCACACCGUUUCACGACAAGUGCGAACCCUUACCACCGGAAAUGGCUUAUUCUUUAAUUCGACAAAGAAUAUUCAGCGAUGAUUGUAUUGCGAAAGGAUGGAUUUUGUGCGGCUUUCCGGAAACAAGAGCGCAGGACGAUUUAUUUCGCCGGCAAGGAAUUUCUCCUCUGAAAACCAUAAUAUUGCAAACAGAUCCCGCUGUGCUUUUGGAGCGAAGGAGGCAUUAUCUUUUCGAUCCGGUUGAUAAACGCCCAUAUCACAGUCAGCUGUACAUGCCGGUGCUGAAAAGCAUUGCAAAGCGUUUGAUUGUACCGCAGAAAUAUACGAAAGGUCAACUUGCAGCACGUAUGCAAGAGUUUGCAUAUGAGUCCAUUCUGAUUUCAAAAGCUUGUGGAAAAUAUCGACCUACAAGUCCGCUCAGUCCUUGUGCGCAUGCAACAAAUGAAAACGUUUCAGUUUCGUCUGGUUCUUUGGUGAUGCGAGCGGCUGUCGAUUCGGAACAUGACAAUUACAAAGAAAUUAAUGCACUGCUCAACCGGGAGCGGCAAAUUCCCGAUGAUAUGGUUGGAGAAAUGGUCUGCCGCGCUCUGGCCGAGACAGACCUGGUAGGAUUUAUCUUGCGUGGGUUUCCACAGAACCGUGUCCAAGCCGAACUUCUGGAUCGCUGCGGAUUCCGCCCUUCGCGAGUGCUUUUCUUUGACUGUCCGUCGGAAAUUGCUCAACAGCGUUUGCUGCGUCGUGCGAACGACCUUUUCGACAAAGCAACACAACUAACGGACCUAUACGACACACAGCGCACAAGCGUUCUCUUACCAUCAUCUGACCGGAAAUGGGGAGUUAAAGAUGUCGAAGCACAAGCCGGCAUCAUUAGAUCUCAAGAUAAGCUGUAUGAGAAUUACGAAAAUGAUUUGCGGACAUAUUAUCAGGAUAUUUCAUUAGCAAUUGAUGCAACACUUAGUCUCAAGGAAAUGUUCGAAAAGGUGAGAUGUGCGCUAGUGCAUCCCAUGCCGUUAAAAACAAAGAAAGCGCUUACUCCUGUUCGAACAGCACCAUUCCAAAGUAAUUGAGUACAUGUAAGUCUUCAAAAUGUUGAUAAUAACUGAUAAUAAAUGACUGACGUGGU